GGCGAGCGUUGCCGCGCAUGCGCGGGGGUCUCUGCCUGGCGUUAUUGUGCUGGAUGGAGGGAGCAGCACCAAGGAGCUGCGUGCGGUGAUUUACCGGGCAAGGGUCGUGAGGUGACAUGUCACUGAAUCCGUACCUCUUCCCAAGAAUUAAAGAAGAAGACGACGACAUGGAUUCCUCUUAUACGGACAACUCUGGUCAAGGUGAUUUGAUAUAUAAUCCGGAUACUUUGCUUUGGAUUAAGCGGGUUGAUGAAGCUGAAAUGACAACUGAUGAUGACUCCGAAGCAAAGGAGCAUCAGGUUGAUGUGCUAUCCAGCAGAGAGGGAUACCUGAAAACGGGAUCUACAAGUAGUAUCUCUGAUAAGGAAGUGAGACGACGCCCUCGAUUUUCAGCCUCCGAAGAAUUUGUUCUGGUGACUGAACUGUUAGAACAUUACGACAGACUUUUCGGGGAAAGAGCCAGAAUUACCCCAUUUGCACAGAAAGUUCUCAUUUGGCAGAAGGUCCUCAAUAACGUGAAUUCUGUCGGCGUGGUGCAGAGAGGCAUAGAGGAGGCCAAGAAACACUGGCACCUUUACAGGCAUAGACUAAUGGAGAAACUAGCUUCAGUCCGAAAGCACGGUUCCGGGCCCGGCCACCCGUUAUUUAUGCAGUUGACACCCUUGGAAAGCAAGGUGGCCAACCUGUUCAAACUGGAGUACAUGCUCAGGAGUCCACAACAUGUCCUUCAGAGCCAAGGCAGCAUAGACAAGGCAGGAGAAAAGGGCGUUGUGUGCGUUCAAAACGGGAGCGGCACCGGUGACCCUGGCGUUGGUAGUUAUGGGCAGGGUGAUUACUCUUAUACCAAAGCUCCCCGUAACAUCAAAUUUUCCUUUGACGAAAACUGUGCUUUGGUGCAUGAAGCUGUCGGCGUGUGGGACAGUAUUAUUGGCAAGGAUGCAGCCACUACCUCUCAAGCCCGUAAGAACUUUCUGUGGUCCAGGAUUGUAGAGGCGGUCAAUGCAGCUGGAACCCAGCCUCGGAGUCCAGAAAACUGCAAGAAGAGACUAAGAGAUAUUAAAAGACGUGUAAAGGCAAAGAUGGUCGACCAGCGCAAGUAUUUUCAGCGUAACAGCAGCGGGGCUCCUGGCUUGGAGUUACAAUACCUGUCCUAUGAGGAAGAAUUGAUGCACGUGAUUGGCCCAGAUACUGUUCGACCAAUAGAUGGCCAUGUAGACACAGAUCGAGAACCACGUAUCAUUAAUUAUCCCCAACCAGCGCUUAUGGGGUUCUUCUCUCCUGCCACCAUUAUGCAGAAAAAAGAAGGCAGAUCUGAGCCUGAAGACACCUGUGACGGUGAAGACUUCUGGAACCAUUCAUCGUUUGAUAUGGCAGAAGAAGAAGAGGAGGAAGAUGAUAAAGAGAUGGUGGUAAAGACAGAACCUAUCGAUUACAGUGCCGAUGCAGUUCCACCUCCUGCACAACCAUUUCCUGUUGUUGUCCAGCCCGUUCCCGUUACUACCCAGCUUCCUUUUCCUUCUCAGCUUCCUGUUCUUCCUCAACAUCAACCAGUUGCUACCAAGUCCAUUGUCGAUACAGCCAAUCCUUCUUUCGUUCCCGCUAAGCAUCCACAAGUCCUUACCAAGCCUCCUCCCAUUGCUACGAAGCCAGUCUCGCUUCCUAACAAGCCGCUUUCCUUUCCCGUCAAACCUCCGCCCGUUCCCCACCAGCCUCCCCCCGCAGCUAACGCUACGGGGAAUCAGUCCAACAUGGCCAACGCCGGAGCUUUUAAUAAGGUUUUGGGGUCAUUUCAUUCAGUCCAACAUAACUAUCACCGAUCCCAAAGGCACCAGAUGCACGUAAUCCACAUGGACCUCUUACACCUCGGUGUGGGUCUCCAACAACUGACUAAAAACGUCAAAGUCAACAACCAUGUGCGAUCGACCGCAAGGUCCAGAGAACUUAGGCUGAAACAAAAAGACAUGGAGGACCAGAGACAGUACAGAAUGGAAAAGUUAUGUUUGCUGCGAAAACAUCAGGAGGAGAAGCAGAAGUUGUUACAGAACCACUUUGAAAGGAAGGAGAAACUCAUGCGGGAAAACAACCAGCUUCUAAAAAGUAUUUUACAGCAGUUGUCCGAUUCAUCGGGGUCAUUGCCGGAAGGUUCUUCACAAGCUGCAUCUCAAGAGGGUACACCGUUGUCAACCACAAUGCAGCCAGUGUAUGAUCGUGAGCCUUCACCUUCUCAGACCUCGGUCCGGCAUUUGCCAAAUAAAAGUGGCAGGACAAGAGGUGGUAAAGGGAGAGGAGGAACGUAGACAAAGCUAUGUCUAGGAAGGUUCUCGUUUAUCCAGGUCAUAGUAUAGCUAGUAGUACUUAGUCACAUUCAACUGAACUUGUACUGUAACGUUGAAGACCAUUUUGUAGCUUCUCCAAGCUACUUCUGCAGUUUCCGAUAAGUAUCAGGAACAUAUCCCACUAUUUAUAUCCCUUUAAAGGGGUUGUAAAGCUUUGUGUUUUUUCACCUUAAAGCGGAGGUUCACCCAAAUCACACGCAAGACUAUCUUCUCCGCAUCAUUGCACAACUACGAUAGACAAUUGGCCAAAGAUUUUUUUCUUUUGACAUGUAAAUAC